GGUACGAGUGCGUAGUAGGUAGCGAAAAACAUAGAUUUUCUGUUGCUUGUACAACAGUUCAAUCUGCUUUUAUAGCUCGAUGGAAAGUGCAUUAAUGCAUCCGUUAAGUAUUUUCGUCGGGAUCUGUUUCCAUGAAGAGACGAAAUCGAUCGGCGAAGUUGAAAAGUAGCUUACUCUCUUCUGAAGUUUUUCCAAGACCUGCAACGCGAAUUCCCAGUUUACUAUUCAACGACCCAGCCAUCAUGGCGAGGCGGGUACGGAAAGGAUCCGUGGUUUUAAGUCGAAUUGUUCCGUCGCUUUGGAAUAGGUCUACUCUACUUCAUGGGGAUAAAACAGAAGUUGUUACAUGGAGCUUUGUGAUUGUCCUGAGUCUUUUAUGUUGUGGAUUUUGUGGUGCUGAAACGGAGUUUUCAAUCAUGGAUGAAGCACAAGUUUUGGCCGUACAAAUUAAGAAACUAUCCACACAGGAGCUAGGAGUCUUUACCAUGCAGAGAAUUUUCGACUCCUUUGUGUACUACGAGAAGACUUCAAACGGCGAGACUGAGGUGCAGCAGCUGGCGAAGAAGAUCCGUGAGAAGUUCAACCGCUAUCUGGACGUGGUGAACCGGAACAAGCAGGUGGUGGAGGCGUCGUACACGGCCCACCUCACGUCACCACUCACCGCCAUCCAGGACUGCUGCGCCAUCCCCCCCUCCAUGAUGGAGUUUGAUGGCAAUUUCAACACCAACGUCUCCAAGACCAUUUGCUGUGACCGCCUGUCCCCAACAGUCAGCAGCCGGGCGUUCAAUCCAGGACGAGACCUCAAUUCAGUUCUGGCAGACAACCUGAAGUCUAAUCCGGGCAUCAAGUGGCAGUACUUCAGCUCCGAGGAGGGCAUCUUCACCGUCUUCCCAGCCCACAAGUUCCACUGCAAGGGCUCCUAUGAGCACCGCAGCAGGCCGGUGUAUGUAUCAGCCGUGAGGCCGCAGUCGAAGCACAUCGUGGUGAUCAUCGAUCACGGGGCGUCGGUGACUGAGACGCAGCUUCAGAUCGCCCGCGACGCGGCUCUCGUCAUCCUCAAUGCCAUAGAUGAACACGAUAAGAUCUCCAUCCUAUCAGUGGCCGACGCGGUGCGCUCCUGCGUGCUGGACCAGUGCUACAGGAGCUUCCUGUCUCCGGCCACCAGCGAGACCAAGAGGAAGAUGGCCACCUUCAUCGGCAACGUCAAGGCCUCGGACAGCGCCACGCAGCACGCCGCCGGCUUCCAGAAGGCCUUCCAGCUGCUCCGCAACACCAGCAGCGUCACCAAGCGCCAAAUCACCACAGACAUGUCGAUCAUCUACCUGUCGUCGGGCCUGACGUCGCGCGACCGCUCGGAGCAGGAGAAGCGGGCGACGCUCAGCAUGGUGAAGGAGGAGAACCGCCACUUCAACAACUCCGUCAUGAUCCUGACCUACGCCCUCAUGAACGAGGGUGUGACGGGGCUGAAGGAGCUGGCAUUCCUUCGGGACCUUGCGGAGCAGAACUCGGUGAAGUACGGCUUCCCUGACCGCUCCAGCCAGCCGGUGGUGAAGGGCAGCAUGAUGGUGCUGAACCAGCUGAGUAACCUGGAGACCAGCGUGGGCCGCUUCUACAUCAACCUGCCCAACCGCAUGAUCGACCAGGCCUCCUUCAGCCUGCCCUACGCUGACCAGAUGGGCGACGGGUUCAUCAUGACGGUCAGUCGGCCUUGUUACUUUGGCAACCUGCUCCUGGGCGUGGUGGGGGUGGACGUGAACCUGGCCUACAUCCUGGAGGACGUCACCUACUACCAGGACUCGCUGGCCUCCUACACCUUCCUCAUCGACAACAAAGGUUACACACUCAUGCAUCCUUCACUGUCCCGUCCCUACCUGAUGACCGAGGCACCGCUGCACACCGAUAUCAUCCACUACGAGAACAUCCCCGGCUUCCCCGCCGUGCGCCAGAACAUCCUCAGUCUGCCUCUGGGCAGCCAGGUCAUCGCUGUGCCGGUCAACUCCUCUCUCUCCUGGCACAUGAACCGCCUCCGUGACACCAGCAAAGAUGCCUACAACGUUAGCUAUGCGUGGAAACUGGUGCAGGACACGUCGUUCAUCCUGUGCAUCGUGUACGUGCAGCCGGAGAUCCCGGUGAAGCAGCUGAAGAACCUCAACACGGCGGCCAGCAGCAAGCUGCUCUACCACCGCCUGGACCUGCUGGGCCAGCCCAGCUCCUGCCUGCACUUCAAGCAGCUCGCCACCGUCGAGUCUCCUACUGUGAUGCUGGCUGCUGGGAGCUUCUCGUCCCCCUAUGAGCACCUGAGUCAGCCGGAGACCAAGCGCAUGGUGGAGCACUACACCGCCUACCUCAGCGACAACACGCGCCUCAUAGCCAACCCUGGACUUAAGUCUUCUGUCAGGAACGAGGUAAUGGCUACCAGUCACGUCACCGAUGAAUGGAUGACCCUUAUGGAGAUGAGCAGCCUCAACUGCUACAUUGUGCGCCGUUACAUAGCAACACCCAAUGGGGUGCUGCGGAUUUACCCGGGCUCGCUCAUGGAUAAAGCUUUCGACCCGACCAGGAGACAAUGGUAUCUUCAUGCGGUGGCAAAUCCUGGACUCAUCACGUUCACUGGCCCCUACCUGGACAUUGGAGGAGCAGGAUAUGUGGUCACCAUCAGCCACACCAUCCACGCCUCCAGUUCCAAGAUGGCGCCAGGCUCCGCCGUGGCAGUGAUGGGCAUCGACUUCACCCUGCGCUACUUCUACAAGGUGCUGCUGGACCUCCUCCCCAUCUGCAACCAGGACAAGGGCAACAAGAUCCGGUGCUUCAUCAUGGAGGACCGAGGUUACCUGGUGGCCCACCCGACCCUUAUUGACCCCAAGGGUCAUGCCCCCGCUGAGCAGCAGCACAUCACUCACAAGGAGCCUCUGGUGGCCAAUGACAUCCUGAACCACCCUAACUUUGUGAAGAAGAACCUGUGCAACAGCUUCAGUGACCGCACCGUGCAGCGCUUCUACAAGUUCAACACCAGCAUCGUGGGUGACCUGACCAAUCUGGUGCAUGGGAGCCACUGCUCUAAGUACCGGCUGACGCGCAUCCCUGGCACUAACGCCUUCGCCGGCAUCGUCAACGAGACGUGCGACUCGCUGGCCUUCUGUGCCUGCAGCACCGUGGACCGCCUCUGCCUCAACUGCCACAGGAUGGAGCAAAAUGAGUGUGAAUGUCCGUGUGAGUGCCCCCUGGAGGUGAACGAGUGCACCGGCAACCUUACCAAUGCAGAGAACAGGAACCCGAGCUGCGAGGUACACCAGGAGCCCUUGUCUCUGACUGUAAUUGAUCCCAGCCUGCAGGACACGCUGCCCCAGUGCAUCAACACACGCUGCAGCCAGCGAUACACCAGCAGUGACUGCUUUGGUGUGCUGGACUGUGAGUGGUGUAUGGUGGACAGUGACGGGAAGACGCACCUGGACAAGCCCUACUGUGCCCUCCAGAAGGAGUGCUUUGGGGGCAUUGUGGGAGCCAAGAGCCCUUAUGUGGAUGGGAUGGGACUAAUAGACGAAGAGGUGGCGUCUCUCAACAUGAUCAAGAGUGCGCCGGUGGGGCCGGUGGCGGGGGGCAUCAUGGGAUGCAUCAUGGUGCUGGUGCUGGCGGUGUACGCGUACCGGCACCAGAUCCACCGGCGCUCGCACCAACACAUGUCGCCGCUGGCUGCCCAGGAGAUGUCCGUCAGGAUGUCCAACCUGGACAACGAGAGGGACGAGAGGGACGAGGACAGCCAUGAGGACCGGGGCAUAAUCAGCAACACGCGCUUCAUUGCUGCAGUCAUCGAGAGGCACACACACAGCCCGGAGAGACGGAGGAGAUACUGGGGCCGCUCGGGGACCGAGAGUGACCAUGGCUACAGCACCAUGAGUCCUCAGGAGGACAGCGAGAACCCGCCGUGCAACAACGACCCCCUCUCGGCCGGCGUGGACGUGGGCAACCACGACGACGACCUGGACCUGGACACGCCCCCGCAGACGGCGGCGCUGCUCAGCCACAAGUUCCACCCGUACCGCUACCCCCACCAGCACCACCCGCUCCACACGCACACACACACGCACCACCUGCAGGCCGCCGUCACCGUGCACAGCGUGGACGCCGAGUGCUGAUCCAGACCCCCCCCCACGCCCACCGCCCCCAGCUCCUGCUCCUGCUCUCCCCACACAUCAUCACCUUCACUCGGCCUCGCCACGGCACUGCAGCCCCCUCCCUCCCCCCUCAGCAUCCAUCAAAGCUCCAGUCAAGCCCUCCAUCACCAGGUGAUUGAUAUGAUGCUUUGACAGCCCGCUAGAGGUGAGCCGGGGGCUGGGGAAGGGAGAGCAGCAGCUCCCCUUCUCUUCUCUGUCAGCUCCGGCUGCACCCUUCUUUUCAGAGGGGAGAGAGGCCUGACUGGGACUCAUCAAGAGGAUGGGAUUGUGUUUGGUGGCAAGGGUUGCUGGCUGUGAACUUGUUUCAAAUUGUAUACAUAAGCAUCUCAGAUUUUUAAAGACUAAUAGAAAAAAAAAAAUAGAAGAUCAGAGGAUUAUUUUUCUACUAUUUAUUUAACUGGAAAAUGGGACACGAGAUAAGUCCGUCGGAGGAUCGGACACGAACUGACCGGCUCGAGUGGACAGAGUGACCCGAGGGCUGAUCUAACCUCUGGGCUGCUGGACAAAGCUUAUGUCGGACUAAAAGCUCAUCUGGCCGUGGACAUAAUAGAGAAGGGUGGAGGACUCCUCUCCCGCUCUCUCAUUUGUUUGCCACUUCUUUCGCUGUGAUCAUUUUUCAAAAUGGACAGGGGGAGAAAAAAAAAAAACGGUAUUCUUGUGCAAAUGAACUAGGCCCAGGGUGCUGUGUACAAAGCGAUGAAAGGAUAUUCCAAGGCUGCCCCAUCUGUGCGAUGGCGCACGAGGUGUUUGGAGUCGGGGAGAGAGAGUGUCGGCCAGAUUGCCUGCUGCCGGUCCAACGGCGGUGUUGCGUCACUCCAGGCGCGGAGGAGAGAUGAAGAGACUACAGAAGCCUCGCUCUCUUUCUCUCUCUCGAGGGAGAUCACAUGGCCUCCCAGAGCACUCGCUCUCUAAGCCCUGAGAGAGAGGACUAAUACCGAGACUUAGGACCGCCAAUAAGCUGGCUCUGUAAUUUGUCUGCAUUACGGACCUGUGUGUGUGUCUGUCUGUCUGUCUGUUCUAUAUGACCUAAGUGAGAAUGCAAAUGAAUCUAUAUGAGAGGAUGAGUGAGUUGAUUUUGUUUUCUUUGUUUUUUUGCAACAAUUUGUGCCUGUGCAAGACAAUACCCAAGGCCAAGCACACUCAUUUGUGUGUGUGUGUGUGCGUGCGUACGCACGCACGCAUACAGUAUGUAUGUGUGUGUGUGUGUGUGUUUGUGUGGAGGGUCAAAGUGGAUGGCGUGCAAGCAAGUUGUUGUGAGUGUGUGGGUGUGGGUCGGUUAAGUUCAGAUGUACACAGCCGCAGAGAUGAAGCAUCUCGACUGAGGGUGAUGCCACACACUUAUUUUAAAAUAUAAUUAGACGAUAUGAUGAUGGAACAGCCUGUUUCUCUCUCUCUCUCUCUCUCUCACACACACACACAGGCACAGACACACACAACUGAUCCAAAUCAUUCUGGCUCCACCCAAUGCCUCUAGUUGUGAGACAGUACUGUGCUCAGUGUGGAAGCAUAAUUGUAUGGCCUUUUUUGUCAUCGCUGUAAAGUGUAUGUGCGCGUGCGAGUGUGUGUGUACAUACAUCUAAAGUCUAACAGAUAGCUAUACAUGUGAUGUAAACUUCACAAGCCUUGCAUUUGUUUUUGAAAGUGCAUAUUUUGUUUUUGUAAAGUGAGUCCGGUGGUCAUUUUGAAUGUCCCUUUUCUUGGGGGAAGAUGACCAUUUUGUGAGCAUCAGCAUUUAGAUUUGUAUUCAUAGUAACAAGGACGGCCGAGUGCUCUGUACAGCCCCGAAGCUGGCUGUCCGGGUGAGAGCCAUGUCUUGUGAACGGAUUGAAGGCGCUGGUGCCACGGCUGCAUUACAAAAUAUUUUGAUUUCUGGAUGAGACCAUUUUUUCAGUUCACAUCCACUGCUGCUGCCAACACCUAACCACCACUGAGAUUACAGAUGUUUUAUUUUUAAAAAGACAAUUUUAAGGUUUUUCUCCCUCCUCCAGAAAGAUCAGUAACAGUAUUUACCAGCUGUUUUUAAAACAAUCAUAUCCGUGUGUAUACUGACACUAUGAAAUGCAUUAAUUGUACCUGAAGGAAAGUUGAGUGUGUAAGCAUCAUUCCUUUUUUUAUGUUCCCUUAUAUAACAUUAUAAAGAUAUGAAAUGGCCAUUUAUUGCUAAAUGAAUGUGAUAAAAAGGUCCACUC